AUGGCAGCAGGGGAUCUGCCAUGGCUCUUCCACAUCCUCGCGGUGCUCUUGCCGAUCUUCAUUACAGUCACCUUCUACGAAAAAUCACUCUUCGCCGUUCACGUGGCACUCAUGACCCUGGCCUUCCUACUCGUUAUCCCUGAAGGCGUCUUUAUCGUCGCCAGGCCCUCGCGGCGGCGCAAGGAAGCCAUGCGGUUGCACCUGGGUUUGCAACUCACCGGCCUCGUCCUAGCACUAGCAGGAACCCUCGCCAUGUUCACCCACCGCCACGCGCGCCUCAAGGCGCACUUCAGCACGCCGCACGCGUGGCUGGGCGUGUCGGCUGUGAUCCUGGCGGAGCUGGGCGGGCUGCUGGGCGUGCUGCUGUAUUUCAACACUCUGCGGAUUUCCAGAGCGCUCAUUGGGAGACUGCACUUCCUGCACCGCAUGGUGGGACGGCUGGUGAUCAUCUGUGGAUUCAUCGCCAUCAUCCUCGCUCUCAAGAUCUUUGACGCACAAAACCCUCGCAAUAAGGGCUGGAAGACCUAUGUGAUGGCAUGUGCAGUCGUGGCACAGCUAGUGGGCAUGUCCUCUCUCCUCUACCCCUCAUCUCCCAUAGCAGCAGCAGUCAGUGGCAGUAGCAGCGGCGGCGCCGCUGGUAGCACGGUAGGUCUUGUGCCAAAGCAGUCCCCGAAGCAGUCGCGGCCACAGAGAUCAGGUUCGGGUGUGGGUAGCAUUGGCGGGGUUGGGAGAGGGGAGGUACGGAGAGACUUGGAGACCGGAUUGGGAAGUGGAGAUGCUGGGAAGAAGGAUUCUGAUUAA